AUGCUUCAGCUUGAGCCACUCAUUCCGUCCACGGACCUCUGGCCGGGCGGCAUCCUAACAUGCCUUCGUGUAGAGCCUAGCCCCAUAGAUUGGUUUGAUACGGCUGAAAUAUCCAAGGGCUGGCUUCAAUUUGUGCAGGAAGAAUGGACCGAAUCAGAGAGUCUGGAUGAGCAGCUCCAGCAACGCCGCCUCUUAAUGGAACGAUGGGCGUCUGCGAGUCAAGACUUCCGUGACUCUUAUCAAGCUCGCGCGUCACUGCCUGAAACAGCCCUCGAUUAUCCCCUGCCUCUGCUUACUCGAAUACGUCAUUCUCCAAAACAUUUCUUCUGUCUCGCGCCGGUAGAUCGCGAAAAGCACGCGUCCAAUUAUGUCCGGCUUGUCAAGCUCCUAAUCCUCCUUUACUUUCACCAAAAUGACGGGGCUCAUCCGAUGGAGCAUGAGCCUGAACCGUACCCGCAGAUCCCGGCCCUUUUCCCAGAUCUUACCAGGUCUUCACCUACACCUGAGGCCUUGAUAACGCAGUACUGCCUUGAAUCUGCGGACUUCCGCUAUCUAACAAUGACAGUCGCUGGGAAUGUGCUAUUUCCAGGUUUCUAUAACGACAUCUUCAUAGUAAUCGACCAGGAAGCUUUAAACACAGGCCAGCUGAUAAUGUUCGAACUUCACGCGAACGGUCAGAUCAAGUCUUAUACGCGUCUGCGACCUUGGCAUACGGGUGCAAUCAUGCUGUAUCAUAACGUUCAAGGAUGGUUCUUCGAGGAGAUGAUAGACCCAUGGGAGCAUCCCUGGUUUCUCCAUAACAACAAGCCUCUGAGCUUGGAUAUGCCGCUAGUUGACAUUCUGGACACAGCCCAGCAGAAUGGCGAACUCAGGUUCAAUGAUUACACUCGGGAAUACUGGGCAGCGCAGCUGGAGAUUUUCGCGCCCGGGUACCUCGCCUUGGAAAGGCAGGGAUUGGAGGCGGACUAUGAUCUUGCAAAUUUGUGGAGUGACCUUCACGGCUACCACCAUUGGGUUCCUCCGGGA